CUGGCUUCGGUUAAAAAACUAAAAUCUAAGUCUGCUUAUCCUCAGCAAGCAGUCGUUGGUCAAACAAUACAGAAUCUAACAAAUGCUGUCAACAUAGAUACCAGUAGCUUGGAACAACAGAGUGUAUUGAGUUUGUGGAUUAUGCUAGACGGUAUAGGGAAGUGGAUCACUUUACAAAAUAAUCUGUUAAAGAAUUCCAUGCACGAUAUAGAUUUACACUUGAAACUGUAA